UAAGAGGGAAACAAAAAUAAUAAUAAUAAUAAUAAUAAAAGUAGAAAAUAAACCUUGCGUUGGGUGAUUGUUAAGGGGUCAAUUCUCUGUCCAUAAAUGUCCAUCGGCUAAAGCAGCACACUUCCUUUUUUUGCAACUCAAAACUGUUACUCUAAUUAAACUAUCUUCAUCAAAAGAAGGAGAAGAGUUGAAUUCAGGAACUUCUCCUCCUUUGUCUUCCUAAUUCAUUUCCUUGGUUUCCUUACCAGCCUUCAACCACGGAGUUUCCUAAUCAAGAACCGGAAAGCUCUUCCCAGAAAAAAAUGGGAAGAGGUAAAAUUGAGAUUAAGCGGAUCGAGAACACCACUAAUCGACAAGUCACCUUCUGCAAGCGCCGCAAUGGAUUGCUCAAAAAGGCCUAUGAACUGUCUGUGCUUUGUGAUGCUGAGGUUGCUCUCAUAGUCUUCUCCAGCCGUGGCCGUCUCUAUGAAUAUGCUAACAACAGUGUCAGAACAACAAUUGACAGAUACAAGAAAGCAUCUGCAGAUGCAUCAAACCCAGGAUCUGUUGCUGAAGCUAACACUCAGUUUUACCAACAAGAAGCCUCCAAACUCCGGCGACAAAUUCGCGAUGUCCAGAACAUGAACAGGCAUAUCCUUGGUGAGGCUCUUAGCACUUUGACUUUUAAGGAGCUCAAGAACCUGGAGGGAAGACUAGAGAAAGGAAUUAGUAGAAUCAGAUCCAAAAAGAACGAAUUACUAUUUGCAGAAAUCGAGUUCAUGCAAAAGAGGGAAGUUGAGCUGCAGAAUGAUAACAUGUACCUGCGAGCAAAGAUAGCUGAAAAUGAAAGAGCGCAACAACAGCAGCAACAACAAUCGAACCUGAUACAAGGGUCUGUCUUCCAGACUGUGACUUCACAACCCUAUAAUCGGAACUUUCUCCCCGUAAACCUCCUGGAACCCAGUAAUGAUUACUCCAGCCAAGACCAAACUGCUCUCCAACUUGUAUAAGGUUCUCUCUUCCAUCUACAAUUAAAUUUGACACACAAGUAGGCGGCCACGUUCUACCGACUUUAUCUCUGCUUAAGCAUAUAAGCUUGGACGUAUGUAUAGUUUAUAAAUAGUUGAAAACUAGUUGUUAUCAUGAAACUAAGGAACUUCGGUUAUCAUCAGUACUGGACUCCCUUUUUAACUGUGUUAUUGCGGAAAGGAUUAUUCUUGUAUUAUGCUCCCAGACACUAGAUAACAUGGCUGAUUUUUCAUCCCUUA